UGACCAAGCGCCGCGAUGGCGACACGUCCACCUCGAUCGCCGGGGUCGUCCGGCACGGCCGAGUCCACCCUCGACGACAACGUCUCGGGUAACUACCGCCCGCUCAUGGAAGACCAACGCCGUAGCAGCUUCUCGUAUAGCCAUCAGUUUCCGUCCAACUCGGCGCGAGGGAGUAAUACACCCAACCCAUUCGCCCGCGGGUCCAUCAUUGACCGCGAGAUCCCCGCCGUUCCAGAGGACAUGGCAGCAGCGCUGUCCAAACACUCGAAACAGACAUACAACGGCAAGAUUAAGAGAUGGCCGGGCAUCGUUCUCCUCCUCCUCGUUGUUGGAGGAGCCAUUGCUGCCAUUGCUGUGUACUCGCUCCAGUCGCACGACGCGGCGACGAAACGCCGCCAGGACGUUCAGCGCGCGAUCGCAGACCGUGUUCGCAUUUCCGAUGGUUUGGAUGUAUUGUCCAACGACGACGACGUGAGCGACGACGGCGCGGUGAACAAUCCCAAGGUGUACACGCCGAUAGGGUGCGAGCUGCCCAACUACGUGAGCAAGAAGGGCAAGAUCUGGGCCGUGUCCAAGAACGGGACGGAGGUGCCGAUCGGUAUCAAGGGGGUCAACUGGUUUGGGAUGGAGACCGGGUUGCAGGCACCAUUUGGGCUGUGGGACAACGAGCGCAACGGCACAACGGUGUAUGCGGUCGCCGAUUUCCUGUCCAAGAACAAGUUUAACAGCGUCCGUCUGCCGCUGUGCGUGCAAAACAUUUUGGAAAACAAACCGCUGGAAGCCGCUAUUAUCAACAAGCAGUCGAACCGCGCGCUCGACACGAGCUCGUACAUCAGCUUGAUCCAAACGCUCGUGAAGGGCCUCGGGUUUCGCCGCAUCUCGGUCAUGAUCUCGAUGCACACGUUGGACCGGCUGAACGUAGGCGGGUCGCUGUGGUACGGCACGACGGUGACGGAAGACGAGUUUAUGCAGUCGAUCGACAUGUUGACCAACGCGCUGUGCAGCAACGAGUACUGGAACGUUCUCGGAAUCGAUGUCAAGAACGAGCCGUGGGAGGGGACGUGGGGCACGGGUCUCCGCAACGAUUUCAAGGUCGGCGCGGAGAAGAUCGCGGCGCGCAUGCUCAAAGGGUGCCCCCAGUGGAUGGCGUUUGUGGAAGGUGUGAACGCGCAGCACGAAAUUGUCCUUGAUGGCCAACCAUAUGCAUACUACGACUGGUUUGGCGGUGGCCUCCACAAAGCCAAGCAAUUUCCACCUCAACUAGACCUGCCCGACAAGUUGGUGUACGCGCCGCACUACUACACGCCCGCCGUGUUCCCGCAGUACUACCUCUUUGGCGGCGGCACCGUCGGCCAAGGCAAUGCCAUCAUCAACUACGUCGAACUCUCGAACGCGACGUUGUUGAGCCGCGUCAAAGCGACCAUGACCGACAUGUUUGGGUUCUUGAACGAGGCAAAGGGCCCGGCCGUCGUGCUCGGGGAGUUUGCCGGGCUCUACACGAAGGACGCGCAUCCGCGCAAGACAACGCAGCGAUGCACGGACUUUACCAUCAAAACCAUGCUCGAAGACGGGUAUGCAGGCGGGUACAUGUGGAGCCUCAACCCCGAGAGCGCGUACCAGUACAACCCGGCCGACAAGGUGGGCCACUUCACGGAAGGGCUCCUCGAGGACGACUGGAGGCGAGCAAAUGAGCCCUUCCUCAAAGCGAUGUCGGCGCUGGACGCCCUGCCCGAUCUCAAACCCACGCCAUGCUUUCCCACGUCGAGUGGCACGAAUUAGGGUAUAUAUGAUAUAUUCAAUCCUACGUUUUAGGGUUUUC